CAGCCAUAGGAUUGUGUCGCAGCGUGCCCCUGCUGAGGAGCGGACAGAGCAUCUGUUGGAAUACAAGUUGACUCUGACAAAAACACCAGCAGCAUCCUCGCACCCUGCCUCCCAUCCCAGCAGCCAUCACACGGAGCAAAUAAACGCGUAAAUGGAGUUUCGAUCGUUGUCGUGACUGUUCUCCAUCCGCCUCUCACCCUGCAGAAGACUGCGUUGAAGUUGCAGCAGCAUCCAUAGCACCGCGGCUCUCUCCUUUGCAGACAUGGGUACCGUCCUGUCUAUAUCCCCGGCGAGCAAGAAGGCAUCGAUUAUGGACUCUGAGGUCGCAGGAGAUGGGCUCAAAAACGACAAGAGCCUCAAGCGGCACUCGAUGUUCGUCUCUCUGUCCUGGAAGAAGCUGGUGGCCAAUUCGGCCAAGAAGAGUGCCAAAAAAGUGACCCCGAACCCGAUGCCCGCCCGCGAGCUCCCAUCCAGCCAGGUGGCGCAGCUCAACAGCGAAAACAUCAGGAAGACGCACCAAACCGAGGAGAAGAAACCCAAAGCGCCGAUCCCGGUCCCGGUGCCCACGGUGCCCACGCAGAACAACGAUGCUGUCGUCCAAAACGGGAGGCUUUCCACGGUCCAGAAGCAGCCCAGCAGCCUGUCUCUGGUGUCACCCAGGCGGAUAGUUAUUCAAGCUUCCACCGGGGAGCUGCUGCGCUGUUUGGGGGACUUCAUGUGCCGCAGGUGUUUUAAACUGAAGGAGCUGAACAGCGGAGAGGUGAUCCUCUGGUUCCGCAACAUCGAUCGGACUCUUUUGCUCCAGGGCUGGCAGGACCAAGGCUUCAUCACGCCGGCUAACGUGGUGUUCGUGUACCUGCUGUGCGAGGACACGAUAGAGGACAGCAUCAGCAGCCCGGCCGAGCUGCAGGGCACCUUUCAGACUUGCCUCUACCUCGCCUACUCCUACAUGGGCAACGAGAUCUCCUACCCGCUCAAGCCGUUCAUGAUCGAAGCGAACAAGGACGUGUUCUGGGAGACGUCGCUCCGGAUCAUCAACAGGCUGAGUGCCAAAAUGCUGCAGCUGAAUGCAGACCCGCACUUUUUCACCGAGGUCUUCCAGGACCUCAAAAACCAACGAGACACAAGCGAGACAAACCUGGACCGCUGACAGACAAACAAGACACUGGUGUUUGUUUUUUUUAAGAAGAUGAAUGUGUUUUGCAGAAUCACACAGAGGUGGUUUUGAAUGUAAAAGGCCAUCGUUGAAGGCUUCUCACGUCUGGGCUGAAUAUCUCUCUCUCUAAUGAUGUUACACAACUUCGGUAUGGUGUUUAGGCUACAGUGUAGGAGAUUUCAUAAAUGCAUGCCAAUGAUAAUAUUGUCCUCUUUUGUCUUGUCCCUCUUGAGUGACGUGGGGGUUGAUUCCGUGGUAGAGAUCUCACAAUCUAUAAGUGACGCUCAAAUCCCCGUUUCAUUCAUGAUUAGCCUACUUUCCGGGUAAGUGAGUGGAUGUCGCAGUGAGGCGCAGGUUCCAGGGACCAGAAUAGAUCUGUGUUUGUAAGAAAGUCGAGAGGCGGAGCUGUCCGAGGUGCUGACCUGUGCAGCCAUUUCUACCCCCGCUCCCUGCUAUUUACAGUCACCUCGCCACAACAGAGCCAUGCGUGGCUUAAGGAGGACCAGAAUCAGCCUGGUACACUUUCAGCACAUAAGCCUAAGCCUUGUAAGUAGAGGUGUACAGUAUAUUGUGCUUUUUUAGAUUCCCCACCAGCUGAUAGGUAAGCUGUUAGACAUGCAACAGAUAACAGGAGCAUGUUCUUAACUGUAGAUAUUGCUCUAUGGGUGACAGAGAAAAACUAGUGUCUGUACUGCAGAGAAGCAUCAUGCUGUGUAUGGCUAUCUCCAUACCUGUUUUCAGCUUCAACACCACUGAUUUCUUCAUAUAAACCACCACUUUGAAUUAAACCUGUUUUGUAUUGUACCUGUAUGUGAGCAGUUGGAUCAGGUUGAAUAUGAGCGUAGGAGAUAAGAAUGUAUAAACAGAGAAGAGACUAUCUUCACCCAGGAAUGUGAUAAACUGCACUAAAUGGGUCCGUAGGUGGCCGGACAGCAAGAUUAUCAGCCCAGGGCCUCUGUUGUGUAUUGCUGUCCAAUACAUUGCAGAUGCCAACAUCACUAAGACUGAAUGGAAUGUACAGUUUUUCAAGAGAUUUGGUUUUUAAAUCUCAUAUGUGCCAACUAUGAAGCUACUCUUGGCCUGAAACUACGUGGUUUACAUGUAAAUAUCCCACAGUUUAGAUUUGCUGUUUGUUUUAUUUUUAUCUGCCUGUUUUUUGAAUGUGACUGUAUACAAUGUAGUUCAAGCAUAACAGAAACAAAUAGAGUGUGGCGUAAUGGUCAAAUGGUAUUCCUGCCCUGCUCUGUAAAUGUGGGCCUUGGUUUGCUGGAUUCAGUUCACUUUCAGUGUAGUCAAUUCAGGAAGGAUGUUUAUAUUUCAUAAUGUAGAUACUGAAUGUGAAAGUCUCAUUAUUAAGUGACUAUCAUUUGCACAAUUCAUUGCCGUUUCUAUAAGCUACAAGUGAUUUGACUCCAACUCUGAAAACCAAGCUAAUAGGGCAACCUUGACAGUUAUUAUUCAGUGUUAUGCUUCUAAGUAACCAUUGUGAUGUUGUGUUGUGAACCCAUUGCUUGGGAAGUGGAGUACAAUGCUGCUAUUUUUGCACAGCUGUGAACAAACCCUUGAUGUUUUGCACAGUGGUAUAACAUAAUGGUCGUGUGCCAGUGUUUCCUGCCAGGCACUGGAGUGUUUGCCAUUAAGUUUGCAGUUCACCAAGUCUCACUCUAUACGAAGAUCAUCUGUGAAUUAUAUAUUUUGUAAAGUUCUUUUUUUUUUCCUAUAUGUCAGAUAUGGAAAGUGAUACUUAGAUGUGUGUGUUGUCUGUGGUUGCACCACAGUUGCAUUCACUCUCUCUACAUGUUAAUAAAAGGUCAGUUCAGUAAUUGUUUAAUAUGGUGACCAUGAUGAAAUAAAUCCAAACUU